UUCGUUUUCAUUAUCUUGUUUGUUUCGAUAGGGAGGACAGUGCCCGGUUGAGGAUCUCUCAUAUAGAAAGAAGUCGAUCGACUCGGCUCGAUUGCGUAUAUAUCAAGUCAGCAGAGGCCGGAUCCUCCUUACGCCUCGACGGACUCUCGAUACGACCUGGAUCACUCCAUUUACGACGGAUAGAAGUCGCCAGUACAGCACACCUACACCAACGACAACCUCACGAAUUCCUCAUUAAACGAGACGCCGACUCUAGAAUGCUAGCAUCAUGAGCCACCAAGCCGACAUGUCGCACACCUCCCCACCCAAACGGCCCCGACUAUCCCUCCAGAUCAAAACUCCAAGCGCACCGAUGACGCUGAAUGAGUCCUCCACAGCCCUCAAAGCCGACAUCGAUCCCCCCUCCCCCACAGCCUUCAACACCCUCUCCAACGCCUACGCCGUUGCCAUCUCGCCCGCCUCGCCGCUCCCCAUGUCCGCCGCGCCCACAACGACCGCAUCUUUUUCGGCCAACACUGCACGGCCGAAAUCGCUACGCCUUGUAGCAAGCGCGGCGCCUCAAACGGCGCUCCUUCCAUCUCAUUGCAUCCGGACACCGGGUCCCUUUACAGUUGUUUACCCCGAUACCCCGACGACGCAGGCUCCCACGCCUGUUACGGCUCACCCGGAUGUAGCGCUACAGGCGCCAUUUACAUUCAAGCCUCCGCAGUCUGCGCACCCCUCUUCGCCUUCAUCUACAUCAUCUACAGGCACCAACGCCACGACAGCAACAGCCUCCCGCGUCCGCCGCAUCAACGUCUCCAUACCCACCACCCUCGCACCAUCUCCUUUCCCCUCGUCACCACGCACACCCCGCCGAGCAACAACGGGAUCUUCAACGCCAUAUAAAGCGCCCUACACGCACCCGCAGAGUUUACGGUCUAUACUCCGCAACUCACCCCUCCCGGCUAGGACAGCGGAUGCAGUAGCGACGGUAGAGAAAGGGGGGAGGAGAGUGGGCUAUAAUGACCCUCUUACGCAGACGAUAACGACAGAGCUGUACGUGCGGCCACACGUUGAGUUACUUGGGGAAGACGACGCGGGGGUUGAUGGAGAGGCGGAGGCUGAGGCAGAGACGGGGAUUGAAGCCGUGUUGGCGUAUGAUGGGGCUACGAGGGAUGGAGGGCAGACUCCUGGCCCGUUUGAGGAGAUGAGAAGGCGGAUGGCGGGGUUGGGUGAGGAGGAGGUGGGGGGAGGAAGAGGAAGAAGGAGAAGAAGAGGGCGUGGGUUUGGACUAUUGGGGUUGGGGAGGAGGGGAGGAGGAAGGGGGGAUAAGGAGACGGAGGGGAGAAGGGGGGGUUGGAGAUUCUGAGGCCGAGUACGUAUAUACCGACGGUGCCGAUGGUGGUAGUCGCGGCGCCGAUAGGGGGGGAGGGUGCAAAGGGGGGGGGAUAUGAAUUAUGAGUUAUGUUGGCGGAUAAACACAGCACAUAGUUGUUGCGAUCCGGGAAGCGUGUAGUAGGACAUUACAUUAUUAUAUAAUAAUCAAACCGUCUACCCACGCACACAUCUACCUGUGCACAACGCAGAAAUUUCCCAUCACAUCUACCAUCCUUCGCACAGCGAACACUAGGUUCCUUCCCCCCCAGUUAGUAUGAUACAGCACAGAAGGGGGGGACGCACAGGCAAUCGUCUUGGUUGUAGAACCAUACGGGCAGCUAGAGGAUACGGUUGAUGGGGGUGGGCUAUGAAGGGGGAGGUCUGUUAGGGUUGGAUAUAUAGGGAUAUGGAAAGUGGUCCGUUAUCUCACUUGGAUCAGGCGAAUAUGAGAAGUAGACAGGAACGGGUAAUGUGAAUAGAAACGGCGGUAAGGACUAAGGGAGCUGUCUGUAUCAUUGGUGCGGCGGCAAUGGCGGCGGGGUAGACCCGUUGGAAGACAACUCUAUGCCGCUAAAAUGGCGUCGGCGUGCGCAGGAGGACUUAUAUCAGCUAUCAGCAUUUUUGAUCUAGCAAGUUCAUAUAUUUCAAGACAUUAUAUUCAAUUGAC